CACCUUUUAGUAACUUAUGAAAAAUGUUGAAGGGAAUGGUCAGUUUGGUGACCGGUGGCGCCUCAGGGUUGGGGAAAGCUACCGUUGAAAGGUUCGUGAAGAAUGGUGGGAGGGUUGUAAUUCUUGAUAUACAAGGUACUAGGGCGCAAGAGGUGGCGCAGAGGUUAGGCGACCAUGUUGCUGUGACUGUGGGUUGUGUAACGUCAGAAGAUGAUGUGAAGAAAGCAUUGGAAGUUGCUAGAAAUAAAUUUGGACGUCUGGACAUACUGGUUAACUGUGCUGGAUACAGCACUGCACAUCAGACUUAUAAUUUCCUUAAAGAUAAGGAAUGCGAGUUAGACGGCUUUACAAAAUGUGUCAAUGUGAACACAAUAGGUACAUUCAAUUCCAUUCGACUAGCUGCAGGAGUUAUAGGCAAAAACGAUGCAGAUGGAAAUGGCCAACGAGGCGUUAUUAUUAAUACAGCUGCGACCAUAGCGUACGAAGGUGACAAAGGCCAAGCAGGAUACGCUGCAUCCACUGCAGCUAUCAUUGGCAUGACGCUCCCGAUUGCGAGAGAUCUGGCUUCACGGGGUAUCAGAGUAGUCACAAUUGCACCAGGUAUCUUCGAAACUCCUCUAACUUCUUAUUUACCAGAGAAAAUGUUGGAAUUUAUCAAACGCAUGACGCCAUUCCCCUCCCGACUUGGCAAGCCUGACGAAUUUGCACACCUCGUAGAAAGUAUAGUCGGCAACCCUAUGCUCAAUGGAGAAGUGAUACGAUUAGACGGCGCACAGAGAUGGUUCCCUCUGUAGGUUGCUAGUGUUUUAGAGUAAGUGAUUCCUUUUGUUAUCAAAAAUAGACUGUUAAUAAUAAAAUAAAUGUAU